GGGCAUACGUCCAAAACGAGCAGACAGCAGUUUUCGGCGUGUGGCGCCUGCAGGCAUAGGCGGGUCAAGUGCGAUUUGAAGGAGAAGCAGGAUGCAUUGGAGCUCAUGGCGGCACAAGAGGGGAAGAAGGGGGCUGGACCUAUUCGGGGAAAAGGCAAGAAUAGGCGGUUGGCGGUGCUGAUGAGCAGGGACGAGUACGCACCUAUCAAAGCGGCCAAGCAGCUUCGGCGAGGAAAGAGGAUAUCGGAGAUUGAGACAAUAUAUGGACGGCAGGCGGCGAGCGCGGCGGCGGUAGCUGCGACUUUGGUGGAAGAGGGGCCACUACCCGAGUUGACAGCUGCUUUUUUUGACUCUCCAUUCUUUCGGCGAUUCCAAGUCCAACGCCCUGUGCUCGAUUCUCGAGACUUUACUCAACGCUACCUCUCCCACUCACGCCCAUCAGCCGCCGCCAUGGGCCCGGAAGGCGCUAUCCUCUGCCACGUCCUGUACGCCUGGGCGCUCUCAUACGGCGUCGACGCGAACGGGGAGCUCGAUGUCCCCGAGGGCGGUCUCGAGCCCCUCGGUCCCCUUCCCCUCGACAAUGCCAGCGACAACGAGCUCCUCCGCGAGCUGGACCGCCAGCGUCGCUUUUCCAAUAUGCGCGAGGCCGUCGAAGUGGUGUUGAAGGAGAUUGACGAGUGCGGUGUCAUGCGGAAACCAACCUGGGAUGGGGUCCGGGUCUUGCUCUUGAUCCUGCCAUUGACGGAGGGGAUCUCGACUUCGGUCGAGCGGCUGGCGAUGUAUGAGACGGCGCUGAAUCAGGUGUAUUCGCUCUGCUCGUUUGCGGGUAUGGGGUAUGACGGGCAACCGGCGGCGACGAGUGGGGUGAAUGGGGGGUCGGAUGGGGAUGACGACGAGGUAGCUGGGACGGGGCAGAAUGUCCAGAUGAUCCGAGUGAGGAUAUACUGGUACGCAUUCGUACAUGAAGGGAUAACGACCGGACUCAAAGGCGGCCGUCUACUCCUAGAUGACGAAGACCUCGACACUAUGCAAGACUCGAUCCAUAAUCGCGCGGUCGUCCUGCAGAAUUCGUCGAUCAAAACAUCAGUCAAAUUCGCUACGGCCCCCAUCAACCUCGCGCUCGCGUGUCGGCUCAUCAAUCGCGCGCUGACCGGUCCGUCGGCCCGGCGAGCCAAGUCGGUGAACGGGACAUGGGUCAAGGAGGCAUGGGAAGCGCUCGAGCGGAGCUGGGAGGAGUUUGAGGCGUUGAAGUACGCGCCGGACGCGUCGAGUAUAUAUAGUACGAUGGACGAGGUGAUGCGGUUUGCGGAUGGAUGGAAAAUCUUCUUGUUCGAAGCGCAGAACGUUAUAAGGAAGAUCCUCGAGGAACGGUAUUCGAAACUCCUAGCCGCCAGGGAAUCGGCGUUCAUCUCGGAUCCCAGUUCGGAGGGGGUCUCGCCUGGAUUCGACCAGGAGCGGAUGUCGGAGCUGGUCAAUCUGCAGAGAUUGCUGGAUAUUAGUCGGGCGAAGUGCGAGGUCCAGUGCAGGCAGAUAUUGGAUAUGGUGCGAGUACACGUGGGGUCCAGGUUCUUUGAGUGGGAUGCUAGUCUGGUCAGAGAUGGGACGUUCUAUGCUGCCAAGCUCUUGCCUAGGAUGGGCGGGGGCGAGGAGGACAUCGCAGUGUGUCUGCAGGCACUCAAUGAACUCCGCUGGGCACAUGCCAAAGCCCCCGACCGGUCCGCCGAGCUCCGGCAAGAAUGGGCCGACUCGCGACAAGACGUCUCG